AUGAAGGCUCUCUCCUCUUUUUUGCAGAAAGUAAUAACCUUCCUGAUGAUCACGUCUUUUCUAGGAGAAAUAACAGGCGAAACUUUCUUUCAUCGACAAGAACAUGAAAAUCUUGCACUUCAGUGCAAUCAGCAAGCUGCUAAAGGAAAAGCAGAAAUAGCUUGGUAUAUAGCAGACGACAAUCUGCAACAAUUUAAGUUAAUUAACUGCUCUUCCAAGGAGUCUACUUUCUCAUGUGGAAAAAAAGGGGGAUCUUCAGGCUGCAAUGAUACCUUACAAGUGACCCACAUAUCCCCUGAAGGAGGGCUAUUUGCAUGUGGAGUAGUUCCUAAUGGUGGAACACCAGCAACUUGCCCGCUGUUUCACAAUGUCUCUCACUGCAGGCACUACAACUUCUUUCUUACACAGACGAUUUACUCCACACAAGUUUCAGAAAGCAAGUCCUUAGACAGUGUUCCUGAAACACCAUACAGCAGUCUGGUAUUUGAAGACAACAUCACUUUGUCAUGUGAAUUUGAAACUACCUGCUCAGGAGAAUGUUUUACUCUGUAUUGGAUCAGAGCUGCGAAAACAAGUGAAUGCAUUUUUUCUCUAGCAAAUGAAGCUGGGACCUCACAUUUGACUUACAAUGAGCAUUGCUGUAUUGAUGAAGAUAUCCAUGGACGAUUAUUGAACAAUACCGACUUCAGUUCAACUGUCAAAAAAAGUAAUGUGACUAUUCUGAAUGUUACUAGUUCUGACAGCGGAGAAUAUUUAUGCAUUGUUACUACCUGGAUAAAUGGCAAACAUGUGUGGAGAGUUGCUAAUAACCUGUCUGUGGAAGUUCGGAAAGACAAAACUACAUAUAUACAGUGGUAUAUCGCCUCUGGAGCUAUAGCUGGGAUUAUUUUUCUCUGUGUCAUAACAUGGCUAACCUAUCUCAAGACAGCCAAAUCAAAAGGAAAAAAAUCAUCCACAGAAUUUACCAGAUAUUAUGAUGUUGUUGGAAUGCCAGAAGAUGAAUGUUCUCCAUAUGCAACAAGUUGUGUCAGUGACAUGCAAAGAAGUGAGCACCUUUAUUGCCACGUAGCAGGGACUUACGCAAAAGUCUCUGCCACAGAUAACAACAAGGCUUCUGGGACAGGACUGGAAGCAGAUAUACAUACAGUAUAUGCAUAUGCUGGUGAAUAA